CACAGACAAGCAGAGCGAGAAAGAAAGUGUACACGCUCAACACAACCACGACCAUCUCCACCUUCAACAUUGUCGCCCUGUGUGAAGGCCCAAUUCUGCGCCAGAGCUCAAUCUCCAAUCGCAUACUCAUUUCCUCCCAUACUCACAUCCCGCAGUCAGUAUCACAAUGGCGGAGGCUAAUCAGAUUGGUAUUGCCAACCUGCCCAACCAACGACAUAAGAUCGUUGCAAAGCGUGGAGCUGCUUUCACGAUAAUGGUGGCAGGCGAGUCCGGGUUGGGCAAGACCACAUUUAUCAACACCUUAUUCUCGACCACCAUCAAGAAUUACGCCGACCACAAGCGACGACACCAUAAGCAGAUCGAUAAGACUGUAGAAAUUGAGAUUACAAAGGCAGAACUUGAGGAGAAGUUCUUCAAAGUCCGCUUGACCGUCAUUGAUACUCCGGGCUUCGGUGACUAUGUCAACAACCGUGACUCAUGGCAGCCCAUCAUUGAAUUCCUGGAUGACCAACACGAGUCGUACAUGCUCCAAGAGCAACAGCCACGCCGCUCAGAAAAGAUUGAUCUUCGCGUGCACGCUUGCUUGUACUUUAUCCGCCCAACCGGCCACACACUCAAGCCCUUGGACAUUGAAGUCAUGAAGAGGCUCUCCACUAGAGUCAACCUGAUCCCAGUCGUAGCCAAGGCCGACACUCUGAGUCCAGCGGAUCUCAGUAAAUUCAAGCAACGUGUGCGUGCAGUCAUCGAUGCUCAAGGGAUCAAGAUUUACCAGCCGCCUCUUGAGGAGGAUGAUGAGCCAGGUCUGCAGCAUGCUCGCAACCUGAUUGCGGCCAUGCCGUUCUCCGUCAUUGGCUCCGAAAAGGACGUCCAGACUUCUGAUGGUCGCACUGUCAAGGGCCGCCAGUACGCCUGGGGUGUGGCGGAGGUUGAAAACGAGGAACACUGCGAUUUCAAAAAGCUACGCGCCAUCCUCAUCCGCACACACAUGCUCGACUUGAUUCACACGACUGAGGAGAACCACUACGAGGCGUACCGCGCUCAACAGAUGGAAACGCGCAAGUUUGGCGAGGCUCGCCCACGCAAUCUUGACAAUCCAAAGUUCAAGGAAGAAGAGGAGGCUUUGCGCAAGCGCUUCACGGAGCAGGUCAAGGUCGAAGAACAGCGCUUCAGGCAGUGGGAGCAGAAGCUGAUCGCGGAGCGCGACAGGCUCAACAAGGAUCUCGAGCAGAGCCACGCUAUGAUCAAGCAGCUAGAGCAGGAAGUCGAGCAGCUGCAAGGCAGUAUCAACCGCUCCGGUCGACGCUAAUCAUCUGCUAUUGAACACAUACACAGCUACACAGCGCUCUAACACUGUUGAGCACUUAAUUCAUUCUAAAUACAAGAUACCUAGUUUGCGAAGCGCAAGGGAAGUAUGGCUCUUCAGGAUUCGUAGUACGGCUCUUCUGAAGAGAAGUAUUGAGUACCUUAUCUGGAGGCGGGGGCUUUGGUUUGGAUUUUGAACAAUCCAGGUCAUUGCUUUUCUUUUCGAUCGAUAUUGCAGGUCGUUCCAUCAGUACGACUCAGCGCAGGAGAAAGAGGUGUAUGGUGGUGCCUGGAUUGGAAUGAUAUGAUCUAAAAGCUGCAUGGGUCUCUGUUUGCUUGUUGGCCAGUCUUUAUUUUUCGUUUUUAGUACGCCGUAUUUUCUAAUGCCAUCCUUUUUCUUUCUUAGUUUCCGUGUAAUCUUCUCAUGAUGCACUGUAUCUCGAUUUCUAAGAUGUUAUUAAUUGUUCGGUGUGAUAGAACCGUGUAGCUUAAAUCAUAAAAGAGGAGCCCACAAUCCCACAUGCAAAAGCACGUGCACAGAGG